AUGCCCGGCGCGGGAGUGGUGCAGGGGAAUAAAAAUGCACCGCAACAUUCUUUGAAGGCUGAAUGGUCGAAAUCACCACGCACAGUCACUAAACAACGGAGCAACCCCCAGUCAUUUCCAGCGAGCCACCGGUUCGUGGUACCCACACAUGCUCAGAGAGAGGACAUUGAUGAAAAGAACUGCUCGGUGCCGCCCCGGCAGGAAUGUCCCCCCUUUGCAAGAAAUGUGGGUAGGCGCCCGCCCUCGGACUUACAAAGCAUAGCGAGUAUGGAUAACACGGAGUUGUUAGACCACCACAAACACCGCUACCACAAACUGGUACUGGAGUGCAAAGAGCGCUCUCUCCAGCUAGAGAAAAUAGAAGAAGAAGGGCGAAUUCAAACCGACAACAUGGUAAAACUUUUAGAUGACAUCAGUGCCCGAGUGGACCAGCUAUGCUUGCUCGAGAAGCAAAUAUGCGGUGCUCUUACGAAGGAAUUCAAGAAGAAUAAACAGCUAAGAGAAAGUGCAAUACAACGAGGAUACGUAUAA